AUGUCGAAUUGGUCACAACAGCAAGACAAACAAGAACUAUUCAGUGAUGAAUCUAGUCGAACACGUGAAAGUGAUACACAACAAUAUCAUUCAUCAUGGAUUGAACCAACUUCUGUGUCCAAUGAUACUAACACGUCAUCGUUGACGACAAGUGAAAAUGAAAAUAAAAUUUACGAUGAACAACUUCGAACAACAGAUGUCGUAGUAAAUUUGUUUGAUUGUAUGCAAUGCUAUGUGGAAAUUCCACGGUGUGAGGUCAAUGAACAAGGACAUGAUUCGAAUCCUAGUUCGGAAAACGAACAUCUCUAUCAAAUACAAGAAUUACAAGAACAACAAGAAAUAGCAACAACAACACAAUCAAAUCAAUCAACAUCAGCAGGUAUCGAAGAAGAAAAUUAUUGUGAAGGACUUGAUGUGGAACUUUUUAAUCCAAUGAACACGUUUAUUAUAAUUGAUUUGCCAUGGCCACGAUCAUCUGAACGAUACAAUGGAAAAUAA